UCUGCUGAGCAGCGCGCUGCAGUUACACUCUCUCUCACAUGCACAGCAGACGCGGAGCAUCCUGUAACAGCGCUGACAAACACACAGCACAGCGUUUACAUUUCCACCAGUCCGGACGAUUAACACACAAAAGUCUGACAAGAAACCAGUGCAAACUGAUUGUGUCUUCGCUGGCAUUCUACUCAAAACCCUGGCCGUAUCCAGAACGGGACAGCCUGCCUGUGAUCUGAUGAAGAGAUCAUCCGAUAAUCAUCUCCAGCCUGGGGAGCGCAGAUAUUUCUGAUUUUCUUGUUUCCACCGACAAAUGCUUCAACUCAGCAGUGCAGAUAAGCUGUGACACUGAACUCAAAUCCAACCUCAUUCACACACUUACAGCAGGAGGAGGAUGUUGAUGAAGGAAUACAGAAUAUGCAUGCCACUCACCGUGGAAGAGUACAGGAUUGGGCAGCUGUACAUGAUCAGCAAACACAGCCACGAGCAGAGUGAGCGAGGCGAGGGCGUGGAGGUGGUGCAGAACGAGCCAUUUGAGGACCCCACAUACGGUGCUGGCCAGUUCACCGAGAAACGCGUCUAUCUCAACAACAAGCUGCCCAGCUGGGCACGAGCAGUCGUUCCCAAGAUCUUCUAUGUAACGGAGAAGGCAUGGAACUAUUACCCCUACACAGUCACUGCUUUUAAUUGUUCUUAUUUUUUUUCCCUUAUAGUGUUCUUUCUUGCCAAGUUUUCCAUACACAUAGAGACGAAAUAUGAGGACAACAACGGCAGCAAUGACAAUAUCUUUGACGAGCCCAGAAAUGAGGACACUGAGGUGUGUUUCGUUGACAUCGCGUAUGAUGAAAUCCCAGAGCGCUACUACAAAGAAUCUGAGGACCUGCGCUACUUUAAGUCAGAGAAGACAGCACGGGGUUUGCUGCAGGAGGGCUGGAGAGACACUCAGGACCCCAUCAUGUGCUCCUAUAAGCUGGUGACGGUGAAGUUUGAGGUGUGGGGCCUGCAGACACGUGUGGAGCAGUUUGUUCACAAGGUGAUAAGGGACGUGUUGUCGCUAGGUCACAGACAGGCCUUUGCCUGGGUGGAUGAGUGGAUUGACAUGACAAUGGAGGAGGUGAGAGAGUACGAGCGUGCCACGCAAGAAGCCACCAAUAAGAAGCUAGGCACAUUUCCCCCUGCCAUCUCCAUCAGCGAGACGCCCCUGACAUCCUGCGCCCACAGCGGACCAUCCAGUGCCCCCUCCACCCCCCUCUCCACAGAAGCCCCAGACUUCCUCUCUGUGCCCAAAGACAGACCGCGGAAGAAAUCAGCACCAGAGACACUCACACUCCCCGAUCCGGCGAGGAGAGACUCCAGUUAUCGGCUACCGAGCCUCUUCUCCUGGGGCUCCAGCUCCCGUCAGCCUGAAUGACCCACACAGAGAAGAGCCCAAGUUCAGUAAUGCAGCUGUCAGAAUGGUGUCUGCUAGGCACACACACACACAGCAAGCCAGUCUCUGUUUAAACUAGGAGAGAGACACAAACACACACGCAAAGUGGAUUUCCAACCUCACCAAGCUGAAACUCUACACAGGGGUUCAGUCGAGAUCUUAUCUACAGUCAAAAAGCGCAUUCCAACUUUCCAAAAGCAACGUAGUUCACAGUUUACAAUAACUCAGGAGUUCUUCAGUUGUGUUACGUUUUUUUAAAAAAUUCUUCUAGUUGUGUAGUUUUGUUAUUUCAGACGGAUUGACUGUGUGUGCUAUUCGAGGUGGAAUAUACAAAAUAAAGACAAGCUUCUGCUUUUAAUAGGAGAGAACCUGAUCCACUUUCUUAAUACUGUUUCAACAUUUUCAACAUUUCAGUGUUCUUUUGAGUAGAUACUGGUGUUUUGGUUUUUAGUUUGGUUAACUGACUGGAUUGGCACCGCUGUCCAGUAAAAAAGGUCACAGUAUUGCUGAGUAUUAUAAUAAAUGUACUACACUUCAUAAGAAUGCUUCUAUUUAGGAUUGGACUGAUUCUGCAAAGCAGAAAAAAUGCUCCUUAUUCCUAACAAUAGUGUCAGAGCUGAAAACCACUGGACCUACUGUUGUGUCUCAGUCUAUUGCUGGAUAUGUGGACUGCCAAGUUCCUGUAUAUACUGUAUCUUAUUACCAUACUAAAUUGUCAUCUAUUAUUCAUUAACACGUUACCAUUUAUGAUAAAGGGUAACUGAGUAUAUUGUAUUUUACAUGUUAUUUCCCUGGUUUAACAGUAUGUGGUGCAUUACAAUAUGUAAAUAGAAAAUCACGUUUGCAAGGAAUGCUUUCCAGGAUGUCUUGAAUGCUAUAUAGUCUUCAUGUGCAAAGGAAUGCUUGCUGUUGGACAAUGUGUACUUUGUGAAUAUAAAGGCUUGUUGCUUUCGAUAGUUCAUACAAAUCAGUUUCCUUCUUUUCUAAGAGAUGCCAGCAUCAAGAACAUGGUCAUAUGAAAUCAAUUAUUUGAUGUAAACAGCUGGUAUGAAAAUAAAGCUUUAACUCUUGA